GCCGGCAGACUGGCCUUCCGAGUGGACAGGCCCUGGCGGAGCCUCAGGAAGCCCGAGAGCCACAAGCUGGAGCUGCCUCGCCCGCCCCGCCCGCCCUGCGGGUGGGGGCUACGCGACUGCCGAGGGGGAAGAAGGCCGAGCAGUUCCCGUGGCUAAAGCCGCGCUGCAAGGCGAGUUGCAGCAGCAGCAGCUUCAGCAGUUGCAGCAGCAGCAGUUGCAGCAGCAGCAGUUGCAGCAGCUCCAGCAGCUGCUCCAGCAGUCCCCACCGCAGGCCCCACUGCCCAUGGCCGUUGGCAGGGGGCUCCCCCAGCAGCAGCCACAGCUGCAGUUCCUGAAUCUCCAGGGCAUCAGCUCAGCCUCCCUCCUCAACGGCUCUGUGCUGCAGAGAGCUUUGCUUCUGCAGCAGUUGCAAGGACUGGACCAGUUUGCAAUGCCACCAGCCACGUAUGACAGUGCCGGCCUCACCAUGCCCACGGCAACAUUGGGUAACCUCCGCAGCUACAACCUGGCAACCCCAAACCUGACAGCCCCUAGCCUCACACCUCCCCAGAUGGCCACCCCAAAUCUACAGCAGUUCUUUCCCCAGGCCACUCGGCAGUCCUUGCUGGGCCCUCCUCCUGUCGGGGUCCCCAUAAACCCCUCCCAGCUCAACCUUUCAGGGCGGAACCCCCAGAAACAGGCCCGGACCUCCUCCUCCACGACCCCUAAUCGCAAGGAUUCUUCUUCUCAGACGAUGCCCGUGGAGGACAAGUCAGACCCCCCCGAGGGGUCUGAGGAAGAUGCAGAACCCCAAACAGACACACCCGAAGACCAAGACUCCCCCCACUGCCCAGAUGGCAUCGCUAAGGAGAAAGACACUCCAGCACCUAAGCCCGAGUCUUGUGAGGCAACUGAGCCACCCGCUAAGAGGUCAAAGAGCUCAGAGGAGCCCACAGAUCAGGGGCCUCCAGGGCAGCUGCAGGCAAAGGUCCAGCCACAGACCCGGUUAAGAACACCGAAGCAGACGCAGACACCCGAGCUGCUGUCUGAGCCACUGGAAGCCCGAGUGCUGCCACGAUUCCAGCCACGGGUUCUGCAGAUCCAAGCCCAGGUGCAGCCGCAGACUCAGCCACAGAUGCUGCCAUUGGAUGCCCAGGUGCAGCCAAAGUUGCAGAAGCAGGCGCAGACACAGACCUCUCCAGAGCUCUUAGUGCCGCAGCAGGUACGGCUGCAGCUGCAGAAGGAGGCAGAGCCACCAAAACAGAUGCAGCCACAGUCACAUUCACAGCCCCCAAGGCAGGCGCAGCCACAGCUGCAGAAGCAGGCACAGACGCAGACGUAUCCCCAGGUCCAGACAGAAGCACAGCCAAGGGUCCGGCCCCUGGAGCAGCCACCGGAACAACCUCCAGUGUGGCCACUGGAGCCGGCCCAGAGACAGCCUCAGACCCAGCCACAGGUGUCGAUGCCGGCGUCAGAGAAAACACCGGUUCUGGUUCACUCCACAGUGCUGGAGACGCCGCCCAACAUGGUAGAAGCUGGAGCAGGCCCGGAGGAGGCCUCACAGGAGCCAGUGGGCACAGAGGUCAGCAUGGAGGACAGCCAGGAGGAGUUGAUCGGUGGCCUGGAUGUGGGAGAAUGUGAAAAAAGAGCCAGAGAGAUGCUAGGGGUGUGGGGUGCCGGGGGCUCCCUGAAGGUCACCAUCCUGCAGAGCAGUGACAGCCGGGCCUUUAGCACUGUACCCCUCACACCUGGGCCUCGGCCUGGUGAUUCCACCUCCGCGACUCCUGCCGCAGCCAGCACACCCUCCAAGCAGGCCCUUCAGUUCUUCUGCUACAUCUGCAAGGCCAACUGCAGCAGCCAGCAGGAGUUUCAGGAUCACAUGUCGGGGGCCCAGCACCAGCAGCGGCUCGGAGAGAUCCAGCACAUGAGCCAAGCCUGCCUCCUGUCCCUGCUGCCUGUGCCCCGGGAUGUCCUGGAGAGAGAGGACGAAGAGCCUCCACCCAGGCGCUGGUGCAACAUCUGCCAGCUCUACUACAUGGGGGACCUGAUCCAGCACCGCAGGACGCAGGACCAUAAGAUCGCCAAGCAGUCCCUGCGACCUUUCUGCACUGCUUGCAACCGCUACUUCAAGACCCCCCGUAAGUUUGUGGAGCAUGUGAAGUCCCAGGGGCACAAGGACAAAGCCAAGGAGCUGAAAAUGCUUGAGAAGGAGAUAGCCGGCCAAGAUGAGGACCACUUCAUCACAGUGGAUGCUGUGGGCUGCUUUGAGGGCGAUGAAGAAGAGGAGGAAGAUGACGAUGAUGAAGAAGACAUCGAGGUUGAGGAGGAAUUCUGCAAGCAGGUAAGAACCAGGGAUAUAUCCAUAGAGGAGUGGAAAGACUCGGAGACCUACAGCCCCAACACCGCAUACGGUGUGGACUUCCUGGUGCCAGUGAUGGGCUACAUCUGCCGCAUCUGCCACAAAUUCUACCAUAGCAACUCGGGGGCGCAGCUCUCCCACUGCAAGUCCUUGGCCCACUUUGAGAACCUGCAGAAAUACAAGAAGGCCAAGAACCCCAGCCCCACUACCAGGCCCGUGAGCCGCCGGUGUGCAAUCAACGCUCGGAACGCCUUGACUGCUCUGUUCACCUCCAGUGGCCGCACACUCACCCAGCCCAGCACCCAGGACACAGCUAAAACCCCCAGCAAGGUGACGGCCCAACCCCCUCAGCCCCCACUCCCCCGGCGCUCCAGCCGCCUCAAAAGCUGAGGGAGGGGCCGCCUCCCACCCGCCCCAUCUGAGUCCAGAUCUGCUACGUUUUAGGAGUCUGUGCAGAGACUUUGACAUGGUUGAUUUUACUCAAAAUCCAAUAAAAGAAGGUAGUUUGGCUGUAUA